AUGGCCAAGAAGAAGGUCAACAAAGCCAAGCGCUCCAAGGCUGGGAAAGGCAAGAAGGACGGCAAGCAUGAUGGGAAAGCGGAGAAGGAGACGGACGUGGAGAAGAUCAAGGCCAAUGCUGCUCUGUGGGAGCUGAAGUUGCAGGCCACUGAGCAAACGCUGGCUCAGUACCGGCAGUCCUGCGGCAAGCUGGCGCGCGACAACCAGGAGCUCAGCAGCCAGCUGCACCAGGCCGAGAAGGACAGCGUGGAAAUCAACAGCUUCUUCAACAAGCGGGAUGCUGAGAAGGAAGACAAGAUCAGCGCGCUGCUGGAAGCCCUGAAAAGUCAAGAGGCAGCUGCACGUGAACAGCAGAACAAGCUGGUGGAGGACCACACCCGAGAAAUGGAGGGCUUGAAGGAGCUGUUCAGAAAGAGAGCCAACGACUUUGACUUUGUCCAGGAGGGGAUGAGCAGGAUUAAGGAGUUUGAGAAAGAGAAAGCUGAGAUGGAGAAGGAGUUAAGUGACAUCAGGCAGAGCAUGGACAACUCGGACAGAGAGCACAGAGAAAACAGGAACGCAAUGGAUUACAGAUUCUUUAAAGAAAAGGCUCGACUGGAGAGGGAAGCUGAACAAACGAUAGCCGUGGUGGUGGAACGCGCCCACAAGGAAGCCAUUGUGCAGCUUGACGACGCCUCGCGCUCCGUGUUCAUGGAGAACGUCCGUCUCACCGAAACUCUGAAAUAUCACAUGAAGGAGACGCAGCAGCUCGUGAAAGCCAGGGACUCGCUGGCGAAGCAAAAGGCCUCCCUGGCCCUGGACAAGAGCUCUCUGGAGAUGAUGGCGAAGAAGAACGCAGCUCAGAUUGACGCUCAGAAGGCAGAGCUAGCAAACCUGAACGUGAAAGUGUCCUCUUUUGAGAAGGCCCUGGAGCUUCAAGCUGAGAACUUUGACAAGGAGGACAGAAGAACCCCUCCACAGAGGAGCCUUGUCAGCCAGGUGGAGCUGGAGAGGCUGCAGAAGGUCCUGGCCAUGCGUGAGAAGGAACUGGGACACAUCAAACGACUGGCGCGCACCAUUGUGGAGCAGCGCACCGAGCUGGAGAAGUUCUUCCACGAGGCUUUGGCCCACGUGAGGAGGGAGGUCCGGAACAGUAGACAGCAGUGCAGGAAGGAAGCAGCCCAGGCGUAUCAGCAGCAGCUGAAGGAAGCCAUGGAGAGGAAGGUCAAGUUCCCUCCGAUCCAGACCUUCCAGAGGAACCCAAGGAGCACAAACUCAGUCUACGAUGAGAUGGACGCCGCUGAGCAGUGGACGCAUCUCCCGGGCAGCAGUGUUGAACUGUCGGAUCUGACCUGGGCACAGAAGGAGCAGGUUCUCAGGCACCUGUUUGCUCAAAUGAACCGUGGACAAACCAGGUAA